AUGGCGGGCACCAAACCCAAGGGCACGACCCACCGCUCAGACGACGAGGGGAGUAUUGACACCAUCAAUCAAGAGAAGCAGAAGCAGAACCGUUACUAUCCGGGGAAGAAGGACAGCAACCCGGAAGUUUCGGGUUGCAUGGCCGUCAAGGAAUGGGUGGCUAGUCUAUUCAGCAAGCAAGCCAGCCGACGUCGGCGGCGUCGCCAGGAGGACAAGAAGAGGAGGGAUAACGUCCCCAAACCCAUUAUCACCUCGGUAGGCAACAUGUUGACCGACAUCAGCAUCAGAACUGGGGCAGCCAACGGUCAGCAAAGUCGGCGCAAGAUGCAGGCAUACUUGUCCAGCGCGGCGCCUGUCGACUUCAUCAAUGCCCAAAAAGCCAAAGAAUGGGGUCUGAAGCGGAGCAGAGUAGAUCCUGUGCCCCUGAUCUGGCACGAUGGGACAUCGGUCAAGGUAGACGGUGUCUGGGAGGUUCCCCUCACCAUCACUGACUCCCUCGGCAAGACCAUGGUCUUCACUCGCCUCUGCAUGAGACUCAAGGGGCACGACACGACCGAUCGCCCCAUCACCCUUUCGCGCACCACUCUCAAGGAAUAUGACGUCUUGAUGAGCCACGCCACUGGAGCAUGGGCGUUUCACGGCUCCACGGCCGACUUUGCUGCUCUGAGGAAUCGAUCCUCCAUCAAAGCGUAG